AUGUUUGUGCGUAAAUUGCGAGCUAUAUGCAUAUUAUUGAUCCUGGUCAUACUAGUCAAAAUUUCCACGGCGGAUCUCGUUACUACCAAUGAUACAAAAAAUUCUACAAAUAUUGCAAAUACAACAGAAGUAGGCUCCUACGAUACUACUGGUUAUCCCACACAUCUAGUAUGGAUGAUUAUUCGUGGAUACGUUGAUCCAGUAAAAUACGUACGUCUUCACUGGGUUGACUAUAAUGGACAGCCGAAAUGGCAUGAAAAUAUCAAUCCCCCUAAUGAGCGGACAAUAGUGAGCUAUACCUCUCCAUCUUGGGCAGCAGGAUACUUCUACGAAAUAUGGGCCCCAAAUUAUAACAUGCGUUUCUGGACGGAUACAAUAUAUUGGUGGGAUG